GCAACAGCCUUUCUGGCAGGAUGUGGUGAAGGACUAUAACUUAACAUUAAGAGGAUUUAAUCUUUGUUGGGCUUUUUUGAAUAUCUUGACGUCUUUUAUUUUCUAACCCCUCAGCUUUGAUGGCUUGAGGCAAGUUGAUAUAGCUUAAAGAGAAUAGGACGUUUCAGGUUUUUUGUUUGUUUUUUUUUCCCUCCUUAUAACAAAAGAAAAUGCCUACUGUCAGUAGGUAUAUCAGUUUUCGUUCAUCUAAGCGAUUUAAAUUCACCAGCAGCUACCCAGUAGAGGGCAGUGGUGGUGGGCUGCCAGCCAAAGUGAAGAAAAGCAGGAGUAGCUUAAGCAAUGGCAGCAUCAAGAAGGUGGAGACAAGGAAAGCGUUGAGCUUGGAGGCAGCCCAGCUUGAGAUCCAGCAGCAGCACAAAACCCUCACCAGACAAGUAGCUAUCAGGUCAGAGACGUUUGAUGUUGACAGCAGAGGCUUUGAGAGGAUGGAGAGCACCGGCACACGAAGUAGUUUUAUGAAGCACAACAAGACAUUCCACCAGUUGUUUCCAGACAUUCCCAAGAGUGAAGACUUGAUACAUGCAUACAUCUGUGCCCUGCAAAAGGAAGUGCCCUACCAUGGUCGGCUGUACAUCACUGACACCAAUGCCUGCUUCUACUCCUCAGUUCUGCUUAAGGACACUAAGGUAGUAAUUCCAGUUUCCUGCAUCCACAUAGUUAAGAAGCAGAACACAGCUUUGCUGGUUCCCAACGCCUUGUCAAUACGCACCACGGAAGGAGACAAGUACCUGUUUGUGUCGCUGCGGAACAGAGAAUCCUGUUUUCAGUUGCUGCGUUCAGUAUGUCCUCAGAUAGAGGAUGGCAGCACAAACAGCAGCCCUGUCUUGUCCUCAGCUGAGAACAGCUUCAUUAAGAGCAAACUUGUGAACACCAGCCAGUCCAGUUUGGAUGACAGCUUCGACCAAUUGGAUUGUUCCGAGUCACAAUCUGUACAAGAACCACCUCUGUACAGACCACAGAGAGAAGCAGUGCCUAAUGUGACUGGCUCAGCUUUCAGGAGCCUGCACAUGCAGCAAAGCGAUAGCUCGUCCUCAGAGGAGCUGUCAGUAUCAGAUUCUGGUGGAUCGUGGGUUUGGAAUGUGACAGAAAAGGCCAAGUCCCUGCUGGUUCAGAGAGAGGCCAGCACCCUCAACACUCUACUCUUCAUUUACUUGAUUUUGGUUGUGCUGCUGCUGCUGUCUUCCGGCUACAUUGGUUUACGUAUCGUGGCGCUGGAAGAACAGCUGACAUCCCUAGGGGCGCUGCCCGAGUUCACCUUACAGAGCGGGUAUACCCAGGACACAUAACACUCGGUGACUGAAGGAGAGAAUGGCUGACUCAUGACUGGAGGAUUACUUCGGCCUCUUCCAGGAGAAACUUCAUGUACUCAGACUGUGCUCCCAACAUGGCCUCUGCUGUUGGCCAGAGGAAAAAUGGCCAACCUGUGCAAUUUCAAAGACAACUUGUUAACUUGAAGGGCUAUACUCUCUCUUAGUGCAGUAUGACAAACGGACAUGCCACGACGUAGUCACACAGAGCCGAGCCAAAAUGCAUACACACACUGCCUGGUUGCAGAGUGUCUGUCAAUGAAACCAAAGCCAAAUGGCUCUAAUGUAUGUGUGCCACACUAGCCAAGUCGACGGGCACUUUCCCGACAGAACUUGUUCCACGUCUGUGAACUCGCAUUGUUCAUCGUCCUUCAUACACAUACUCCUCUCCCUGAGCAUGCAGUCUGAAUAGGGCUACACCAAUCAGCAUUAGCCUGCUGUAGUGCUUAUUAUUGCACCUCAACACCUGAGACGUAGUGCUAUGCAUAGCCAAAGAUGCAUACUGUGCACAUCUUGAGCAUGAGUGCACGGAGAUGACUUUUACAUGAUUUUCUAACUCUUCUUAUUUACCCUUCCAUCUCUCAGUGUAUGUACAAAUCAGUCUUUGUCCUUAAACUGAGCAACUGCCGGGUACUUCUCUUCAACUGGUUCUUAAUCAGCUGUGGGUUGACAUGAUGAUGGCGGAAAUCUCAAAAUCAGAUCAGCCCAUGGAGGCUUGAGACUCUCCAGAUGGUCUUAUCCUUUCUCUCUUUCUCCAACCAGCAAUGAUUGCAGUAUUACUUUCCUCGUCUUUGGCGUGACUUAAAUCAGUUUAAUGAUCAAUGCUCAGAGGUUAUUGUUCCCUGCAGUCUCAACUGGAUAAAUGCAUCAUCAAUGCACAAGUAUUUAGUACAAUAGGACAUGGGGAGGUUAUGUCUUAGGCAUCAAUGUGUUUUUGUGUACUUUUCUACGACCUUGGUCUUCAAGAGUAGAUUUAAAACCUGUCUGAUGUACCGUCUGCCAGGACACAUAGUGUUAACAAACCUCUCUCUCUUUGCCAGGCCUCCCAAGGACCAAGUGGCAUUUCUAGCAUUUUCAGGUUAUUUCAAGUAGCAUCAAUAAUGUAUUUCUAACACUCAUGCAUGUGUCUGCAAUACCGACACUUGACUGAUACUGUAUACACAUUCUCACUCUUGUCACACAAAGAGGAGAGUGUCAGGUCCAAGGUUUCAAUAGCCAGAACAAGUGGUCCCAACAAAAAAUUCAAUAUGCAACAAAUUAUUAUGCAUGGCAAAAUGUAAUUUAUCUUUUUGUGCUGUUUUUAAAUGGAGCUUGUCAUCGUGGCGAGGAAAUUGUGUAAGAAACAAAAGGAAAAAAAAAAGUAAAAUGUGAGGGGGGGAUAAGUAAUGGCUCAAGCGAGCGAGCGCACUUUAAAGAAUGUGUGGUGCCUGUCACAGUCCAAGACACCGUGUUUUGGAUUGAGAAAAAAUGGCAAAGCUAGCGUUCUGUGGUAUCUGAUGGUGCUAAGACCUUUUUAUUAAAAAAUUGUUUUCACUCAGGGGUGGUGGGCACUACCUGCCAUGUGGUUUUAGGUCGUCAUCUUUUCCUUUGUCAUUUCAAAGUGCUUGUGAUGGGGUUCACAUUCUGUACAAUCUUGGCUUUGGUGAUUUCUCAAAUGUCCCUUUUCAAACUAACCUGACGAUGCAUAUCCACAUCUCAAUGAGUUAGCAUCCCCCUUGUUGUGGAUCUCUUCUUGACGAGAUGAACCAAGUGGGUUUACUUUUGCUACAUCCUGCUUAAAUACGGUCAUUCUCCUGUCAAGCCAAGGUUUUUGUCAACCUGCCAUACUGUCAGUUCUCCUAACCCCCCACCAGGGGGCAGCACACACACAUCCACUGUCCUUGAAUGGACUUGAUGCAAGAAACUGAAUGGUGAGGGCAGUAUUUGUGUGGUUUUGCACUAUUCGAAGUGUUGUAAAUAAUUUUGUAUCAAUUGUUAAUGUCCUUAAUUCUACUAUGGUCCUAUAUAUAUAUAUUUAUUUGCAUUCUGUGUAAUUCAAAGUUGUCUCUGUGAGAUGGCUUUGCUAUUGUUCAAAAUAAAUCAAAUGUUGCGAAGUAAA